AUUUGCUCGUACGACUACGCACGUAUAGGAGCGACAAGCGACUCGAUCCAAACGAGUUUGGAUUUUGUGGUAUAGUCGUGCGUGCUUAUUAAUUUUCUGUAUAGGAAAAAAUGGAUACAGAAAGACUAAUAAUGUUGGUUCACGAACAAGAGUGUUUGUGGAAUUUAAAUAGUGAAAAUUACCAUUCGAGAGAUUUGCAAAGAAAGGCUUGGAAAGAAAUAGCAUCAGAAAUGAAGUGCACAGGUGACGACUUAAAGAAAAAAUGGAGAGGUUUAAGAGAUAUCUUCAGAAGGGAGUUUAAAAAAUCUACUUCACAUAAAUCUGGCGGCGCAGCUAAGGUCUACACCUCUAAAUGGCCAUUUUAUAAACUAAUGUUUUUUCUAAAAGAUAUAAUGACGCCAAGAACCUUGGAAGGUAGUGUCCCCGAACCUGAAUUUGAGGCAACUGACAUUAAUGAAGCGGAUGUCGAGCAUGAUGACGAUGAUAAUAUAUCUACAGAACAAUCACCGCCAACGACACCAACGACUUCACAAACUCUGCUCCCACAAAUCCAUCAAUCACCACAAUCAUCAUCAUCAUCCUCUAAACGCCUGUUCAAGUCACCACCAAAGAAGAAAAAUAGGCGACAGAAUGAAGCAGCUAAUUGA